CACAAAAGCUACCUCUGUGGUGUUUAAUCAAUUUCUUAUCGGCGACAAAAAGAUCUAUGAUGAGCCCGUUGCAUGAGCAGUGUAUUUGGCCGAUCGUGUCGUAAGAAAAAUAAAGACUAGAAGAGACGAGGCAUUGACCGCUCUGCAACACCGCUAGCCGUACUGCACGCUGCAAAGCUGAGACAGGAGAUCUAGCGCUGUAGUUCAGCGAUCUACGACUACAGUAGGCUGCGAUACCCAGAUCCCCAACCAAUGCACUCUUUGCAGCUAAGAGUCCUGACCGUGAAAUUUUUAUUGUAUUCUAAAAUCUGCGUGUUGUCCUUCUCUACCUCGUAGCGUGGAUAUCGGAUUGGGUUGAAGCUGCAUACCUCGCGUGGGACGUUUGUAUUUGGUCAGUGUCCGGGUUAUUCUCAUCCGAGCACCAGGGAUUUACUUCCUUGCGAAGAGAAAUGGAUAUGGAGUAAUAAAAACGUACCGACGAGAUGGCCAGACGUUGAACUGCAGUACUGCAAACGCUUCUAAGCUAGAACUUUUCGGGGGGGUUGGCAGUUUCGCUUCAAAAUGGACGAGUUCCACCCGUUCAUCGAGGCGCUGCUCCCGCACGUGCGAGCGUUUGCCUACACCUGGUUCAACCUGCAAGCCCGCAAGCGCAAGUACUUCAAGAAGCACGAGAAGCGCAUGACCAAGGAUGAGGAGCGCGCCGUGAAGGAUGAACUGCUGGGCGAGAAGCCCGAGGUCAAGCAGAAGUGGGCGUCACGCCUGCUGGCCAAGCUGCGCAAGGACAUCCGGCCCGAGUGCCGCGAGGACUUUGUGCUGUCCAUCACGGGGAAGAAGGCGCCGUGCUGCGUGCUCUCCAACCCCGACCAGAAGGGCAAGAUGAGGAGGAUCGACUGCCUGCGGCAGGCAGACAAGGUGUGGCGUCUGGACCUGGUGAUGGUGAUCCUGUUCAAGGGGAUCCCCCUGGAGAGCACAGACGGAGAACGGCUGGUGAAGGGGGGCCAGUGCUCCAACCACAUCCUGUGUGUACAGCCGCACCACAUCAGCGUCUCUGUCAAGGAGCUUGACCUCUACCUGGCGUACUUCGUGCAGGAGAGAGAGGCAGCAGACCAGAGCAGUAGUCCUCGCACAGGUAUUGGUUCAGACCAGGAGGACAGUCGAGCAGCCACAAUGGAUGGGCCUGAGUUUCAGGACAGCUUUGUCACAUCAGGAGUGUUCAGUGUGACAGAACUCGUGCAAGUGUCCAGAACACCAGUGGUGACAGGCACAGGUCCGAACUUCUCUCUCGGGGAGCUGCAGGGACACUUGGCUUAUGAUCUGAAUCCUACAGGUGUGGCAAUGAGGAGAACUCUACCCAGCACCUCCUCUAGUGGAAGUAAAAGACAGAAGUCCAGCUCCGUGGAGGGUGAUAUCGACACCAGCCCGGGAGGGGAGUACUACGCCUCACCCAACUCUCCCGCCAGCAGCUCUCGAAACUGGCAGGACGAGAUGGAAGGAGGGAUCUCCCCAACGGUGAAGAAGACUGAGAUGGAUAGUCCUUCUCCCCAGGAGAGUUCUCCACGCCUCGGCAGCUUCACACAGCACCACAGACCUGUCAUCGCAGUGCACAGUGGCAUCUCUCGGAGUCCACACCCCUCCUCAUCUCUGCAUUUUUCGACGACCCCCAUCCUCUCUCAGUCCACCUCCACCUACUUCACUCACACAGCCAUCCGCUACCCCCCCCACCUCAGCUCUCAAGACCCACUCAAGGAUCUGGUCACUUUGGCCUGCGACCCGUCCAAUCAACAGCCCAGCCCGCUGAAUGGCAGCGGUCAGUUGAAGGUUACCCCUCACUACCUCUCCACUCAGAUGCUGGCCCCCCCUCCUCCCCCGGGCCUGCCGCGUCUGACGCUGCCCCCAGACUCCAAACCCAGCACCACGUCCGCAGACGCACCCUCCAACUCGCCCACAUCCCCCACAUACUCUGCUCCCGGGACACCACCUGCCAACCGCUCCUUCGUAGGGAUUGGCCCACGAGACCCUGCUGGUCUGUAUCAGGCUCAGUCCUGGUAUCUGGGGAACUGAUGUAAACGCUGCAGAUACUCCUGAUGAGACGUGGAUCUGAGAUUCAAAGUUUUUAUGGAUUUAUGGAAAAAAAGAUUGUGAACAAGAUGCAAGGAGGGAAAAUAUAUAUAUGCAGUAUUUGUGUGUGUGUGUGUGUGUGUGUGUGUAUAUAUAUGUAUAUAUGUA